AUGUCAACCCUUACAUAUGAUGAUCUUUACCAUCCUGGCAAGGACACAGAUCUCCAACAAAAGAUUGACCAUGAGAUUAAGAUGCGAGAAGGUACUACCAAGUUGCUGGCCGCUGCCAAAAACCCGUCCCAGAAACUGGAGGCAGCCAAGAAUCUCAUUACCACCAACUCUCGCAUUAUCAGCUACAUGAGAGAAUUGCAGAAACGUACUACUGCUGAGGUGAUGGGCAAAAAUAUGUCAGUUGAAGGCAACCUGUCACCAUGCAAAGCUCAAGUCAGUGUCUCAGAUAUAAGGAUUCCGCUCAUGUGGAAAGACACAGACCAUUUUAAGAAUAAAGGAGAUCAUCGUCGUUAUGCAGUUUUCUGCCUAAUAAAGAUUGGAACAGAAAUUUACGACUCAAGCCUGAUAUCAAAUGUUGAUCGUAGUAUGACAGAUAUUUCAUUUGAUGAUGUCAUUGUAUUCGAAAAUGUCCCAAAUGAUUAUAAAUGCACAUUGGAAGUUUAUUGCCACAAAUUGCACGAAGAUCUGACCAUUGCAAGUACUCCCAAAAAGAUACGAAAGAAAAUCAAUGAUUUCUCAGGUUCUGUUGGCAGAAAUGUUGGCAAGAGAUUAUCUGGUCUGAGUGAUGCUGACAUUCUUGGAAAUAUGGUGUUGGGACCCAAAUUUGAACUUGUCACAAAAGGCUCCCUGACCCUAAAUGAUGCAGAUGAUACAGUGAGAACGUAUGAUCUAACCAUGGAACCAACUGCAGAUGGCAGUGCAUAUGAACUUCCGUUCUUUGGUCAUUACUGUUGUCGACUUGCUGCAUUACCUCACUGUCUGACACAGGCAGCCAUGACUGGCUACCUCAAUUUGCUGGUGGACAAAGACACCAACAAACAGAAACGAUAUUGGUGUGUUUUAAAGAAUUUGGAAUUGGCCUGUUAUCUGGCACCUGAAGAUGUUGGAUUUUCCCGCCCACAACUCUGCAUCCCAGUCACCAAGAGUACACAGGUAUCUGAUGCUGACCCACGCAUCACCCAACAUCCACAUACAUUCCAUGUUAUUACCAAAACACAUACAGGCAGAACGGAACACGUACUGUCUGCAGGUUCCAAAGAAGAAUCAGAUAAAUGGUGGGAAGGUUUCCAACAACAUUUGCUUGAUCAAGCACUUUGGAAACAUGCCACAGAACACAUGAUGGUCAUUAAGAAGGCAUCACCACUCAACCUCCCAUUAUUUCUACGAAAGAGUUCCCUCUAUGAUGACACACCCAUUGAAGAUCCUGAACAUUUGUGUGACUCUCUAGUUGAGAAUAUGGAUGACACGGAGUUGACACAGAUGAUUAGGACUAUGAUGGGUGAAGCUCAGCAGAUCAGGGGAGAGAGCAAAUAA